AAAGCCAUCAACAACGUGCUUCUUUCCACUUUUUGCUACCUACCAAUUUUUCAAACUCUAUAAACAACAACAUGAUUAUAAGGACAUCAUUAUUCUCCCUCCACCAUUCUCCUCCGUGUCCGCCGUCGUCAACCACCGUAAAAAUGGACGUAAACAUUAAGGAAACAACCAUAAUUCUCCCAUCAACAACCCCUUUCACUAACGAUCAUGUCCUCUCUCUUUCCCACCUAGACACUGACAUAAACCUCCAUAUCACAUUUCGAUACCUUCGGGUCUACGUCAAUGACCCGGAAGACCAAGCCCGAGCACAAACUGACCCGUUUCAAGUUGUCACCUCUUCCCUCUCCGCCGCCCUCGUCCACUACUAUCACUACACUGGCAGUCUUGUCCGUAGUGACACGGACAACCGCCUGGAGCUCCACUGCCACGCUGGCAGUGGGGUCCCGGUGACACGGGCCACGGUGGAUUGUCCCUUGAGUGAAAUUAACUACCUUGAUGACCCGGAGGAAAAGUUCGUCGAGAAGUUAGUACCCGACCCGAGAGAGGAAGAUUCUUUGACCCGACCCUUUAUUCUCCAAGUGACACGGUUCAAGUGUGGCGGGUGGGUUCUUGGAGCCGCGAUACAUCACUCAUUAUGUGAUGGACUCGGGGCAACCCUUUUUUUCAAUGCGAUGGCGGAGCUGGCUCGUGGGGCGAGCCGGUUAAAGUUUGAACCGGUUUGGAAUCGAUCGAGUCUGCUUGGACCUAGGGAGCCCCCCCGAGUCGAGUUCCCAUUUCAUGAGUUUCUUAAUCUGGAUAAAAACUCUUUGCCGUACAUGGAGUCGGAUAAACCGGCGGUUCGAGAGUGUUUUAAGGUGAAGGAUGAGUGGUUGGACCGGCUUAAGGUAUUUCUUCAUGAGCAAUCCGGUUCAAAUUAUACUACUUUUGAAGCCUUGGGAGCUUUCAUAUGGCGGGCAAGGGUAAAGGCUGCUAAAAUCUCAGGUGAAGAGACAGUGAAAUUUGCAUAUGCAACAAAUAUAAGAAGAAUAACAAAACCACAAUUACCUCCUGGCUAUUGGGGCAAUGGGUGUGUCCCAAUGUAUGUUCAACUCCUAGCAAAAGACCUGUUGGAUCAACCAUUGUAUAAGACUGCAGAUUCAAUCAAGAACAGUAAAUACAACACGAGCGAUGAGUACGUUCGAUCCUUCAUCGAUUUCCAGGAGCUUCAUUAUCAUGAAGGAAUCACAGCAGGGGUGGAUCCAGCGUAGCGGUGCCGUCCCAAUACUUUCGAUGCGGAGCAUAAAUUUAUACCAACAACAAUAACAAACCCAGUAUAUUCCCACAAGUGGGGUCUGAGGAGCGUAGUGUGUACGCAGACCUUGAAUUUUGUGAGUUCGAAAGCCUCUGGCUGUUACACCAUUUACCAAUAACAAAGGGGCCAAAAGUGCUAAUAUCCAUUGUUGAAAUUUUAGUAAUUUAUUAUCUAUAGUAUAUAUGCUGGAUGUCGAAAAUAUUGAAUUCAAUUGCAUUCAUUAAUUA